GAAGCCGGAUCCGAUGAUCCCGUUGCGGAUGCUUCUGAUGAAACGCUGUUAGGACAAGUAAAUCUACAGAGCACACAGCCGCAAAUAGGAGAGAUUGAUGUUAACACCGGGUUAGAUGGUUUCUUACUUGCGGCGUUGAAGAAUCCAAAAGACAGACUGUUUUUAUUGAAACUAGAUCGGGAUAUGGAGAGAUUCGUUAAGGAUAAGAGUGAUUCCGCGCCUUUGUACGUUGGGCGUCCGGUAGAUUUAGGAAAUGGAAUGUGUAGGUUGAAGCAGAGCCGCACACGCCUGGAAUUUCCACCGAUGAACUCCUAUCAGAGAUUGAUCAUCCAUCGCGUUGCUGCAUAUUUUAAACUGUCGCAUGUCGUCGAUCCCAGUGGAAAGGCUGUCGUUUUAUAUAAAUCGGCCGAGACGCAAAUCCCAGUCCUUCGAUUCUCGGAUUUAUUAGAACAAGAAGAAGAGAAACCCGAAGUAUCUGUGAAAAUAAUGCGUCGACAACAGACUGCCCCACCGGCUCUUCGCUCUCCGGGAGAUAACUCUGAUAAAGGAGGAAUAGAAGAGACAAAAUCGGGAAGUCCAAAUACGAUGAUUGAGGAAAUGACACUCUGCGGAAGUCCUUCAUGGAUUGGUUUUAGCGGAAAUACGGUCACUAACAUGGUCGAUCAAAGCAUAAACAAUGACCAUACCUCGGCCGGAAACAAAAACAAAGCCCAGCAGAAUGCUAAUCGUCCGAAUAAUAGUAAUAACAAAAACAAACAAUCCCAGAAUAAAAAUUAUCAGAAUCAAAAGAUUCAAAAAACUCAAAAAUCAAAUUUUCGUUCGCAAUCACAGUCACAGUCACAACAAUCACCUACUAUAUCACGGUCUGCUUCUUUCCCGCUCCCGUCACCUUCUAGCCAGUCUUCUUCUCAGAAUACUAAUUAUCAGAAAAAUCCUCCUCGAAUAUUUUCGGGUACAGUACCUCAGAUAUACGCACCUCCUUUUAAUGCUCCAUUCUAUCAAAAUCCAUAUGAUCUUUCGCUAGUUUCAAUGCAAUCUCCCGUGAUCUCCCCGGACGUUCCAAUAGCGCACUCUCUUCCGAAUACUUACGUGAACGUGCCUCCAGAAUGGAAUCCUGUGGCUGGACCAUAUGGGAGGAUGACUCCACGAAGUCUAUGGCCUGGGGAGGUGUUCAAUGGACCCAUACAAUCAACGGGUACGCAAGGGGAGGGAAAUUUGGUGCAAUAUGGGACAGUACCUGUGCUCCCACAUGGGCAGCAGGGAG